AGCUCACUGGCCUGGCCUGGCCUGUUUUAAAUGCCUCCCCCCUUCCACCUCGGAUCCCUCCCCCUCCCUCUACAACACCUUGAUAGUCUUGUCUUUGUCUUCCAAGCCUCUCUCCUUCAGCCUGCUUCACCUCCAUCCCCUUCUUUUGCCCGCAACAAGCUCCUGGGGCCCUGUGAGCGAGACACAAGCCACCAUGCCCUCUCACGACGACAACAUCCGGGCUGCGGCAGCCAAGCACCCCAUUGUCCCCAAGCCUGGUGGUGGCUCCUACAACUAUGGCACUGCUGGCUUCCGGAUGGCUUCUGACCUCCUUGAGGGCAUCUCCUUCAGGGUCGGUCUGCUGGCCUCCUUGCGGAGCAGGAAACUUGGCAGCCAGGCCAUAGGCGUCAUGAUCACGGCCAGCCACAACCCAGCCAAGGACAACGGCGUCAAGGUUGUCGAUCCCAUGGGUGAGAUGCUUGAGCAGGAGUGGGAGUCACACGCAACCAAGCUGGUGAACUGCAAGACUGACGACGAGCUCGUCGAGGUCUACAAUGGUCUUGCUGCCCAGCUCAGGAUUGACCUGAAGGCCCCUGCCAAGGUUGUCUAUGGCCGGGACACUAGACCUUCUGGUCACACCCUGGUGACUGCCCUCGCUGCUGCCCUGCAGGCCACAAAUACGGAGUUUGUGGACUUUAAGAUUGUGACAACCCCCCAGCUGCACUAUCUGACCAGGGCCAUCAACACUGAGGACACCCCCCAGUCCUAUGGUGAGGUCAGCGAGGCGGGAUACUACAACAAGUUCUCGGAUGCCUUCUCCCGUGCUCUCAAGGGCCGCAAGAUCAACGGAUCUCUGACCGUGGACUGCGCCAAUGGCGUUGGAGGCCCCAAGUUGACGGAGCUGUUGAAGUAUCUUCCAAAGGACAAGGUCCCUUUCGAUGUCAAGGUUGUCAACGAUGAUGUUCUCCGUCCUGAGGUCCUGAACCUGGAUAGCGGUGCCGACUUCGUCAAGACCAAGCAGCGAGCUCCUCCCUCGCCCAAGCCUGAGCUCGGCACCCGAUACUGUUCCCUCGACGGUGACGCUGACCGUCUGAUCUACUACUGGACCGAUGCCGAGACGGGCUUCUUCAUGCUAGACGGCGACCGCAUCUCCACCUUGGCUGCGUCAUUCAUCGCCGACUUGGUGCGCUCUGCUGGUCUCGAGGACGAUCUUCGUAUCGGUGUCGUACAGACCGCGUAUGCUAAUGGCGCCAGCACGAAAUACAUCACCGACCACCUUCGACUUCCUGUCGUCUGCACGCCCACCGGCGUCAAGCACCUGCAUCAUGCAGCCUGCAACUUCGACGUUGGCGUCUACUUCGAGGCGAACGGCCACGGCACGGUCGUGUUCUCCAAUGAUGCCCUGCGCACCUUCAAGGAGAAGGAGCCUCAGUCCCCUGCUCAGAAGGACGCGCUUGAGACGCUCGCCGCCGUUGGCGACUUGAUCAACCAGACGGUCGGCGAUGCCAUUUCGGACAUGCUGCUGGUGGAGGUGAUUCUGGCGCACAAGGCUUGGACGCUCAAGGACUGGGCCAUGACCUAUACCGACCUCCCCAACCGGCUGGUCCGUGUUGAGGUCGGGGACAAGGACGUCUUCCAGACCACGGAUGCCGAGCGCAAGCUGUCAGCGCCCGCUGGCGCACAAGACGAGAUUGACGCCCUGGUCAAGAAGUACACCAGCGCGCGCAGUUUCGCUCGUGCCUCAGGCACCGAGAAUGCCUGCCGCGUCUACGCAGAGGCCGCGACCAGGGUAGAGGCGGAUGAGCUGGCCAAGAAGGUUGCUGCUGUGGUGGAGAAGUACGGAAGAAUCACCGCGGCGGGCGUGCAAUAGAAAAGCGGCGCAAGAACCCCCGAGAGAGUUAACUCGCCAGAGCUGAUAACUCCGGUCAUUCCGAAAUCAUGGCUGCUGCUCGGCGAAAUCCCCAGUGGCGUUGCAUACCGCACGGCUGGUCCUGAUGGCCCCGCGUUCGUCGAUGCGAGGGAGGAGGCGGCCAGCAACGACGGGACGCUGGUUGCAUCUGAUGAGGGCAUCCGGCACAAGAAGGCCGAUGAUGAUGAUGAUGAUGAACCGGAGCUUCUGUUUAGACUGGAGUUGGAUUAGUGCUUCGAGGCAGGGGAGGAGGAAAGGUCCAGGGAUACCGUGCUAUGAUGGCAGUGGCGGCGGAAAAUUCGACAUCAACUCCAAAAGUGUUUUGGCGGCGUUUUGAAUUUUGAUGCUCUGCUUGUCGAGGGCGUCCUGCGAUCAAGGAUAAAGAUUUUCGUUUGUCGGUCAUUCCACCUGAAGGAAUAAACGAGCGUCGAGCGAAUACAAGGCAGUUAGAGUCACCUGAAUAGGUCGGCUUGUCCAAGAUAGACAAAAUGUUUUGCUGUCGAAUACGGUCCUCUGGCCAGGGAUGCUGCCGUGACAGGUGAGAUGGAUGGCCCUUCAACGGUUGCUUUGUUGUGUGCCGUUUGCAUAGCCUGACUCCAAGGGCACAAGGGUCACCAGCAGCAACUCUGUCUGAUGACGUAGGCAGAGUGCCUAUUCACUGUCGCAAACUUUGGCCAGAGCUCUUGUUUGAGACCAGAGGGGGCCAUGCUCAUGUGCAGAAUCUCCUUGCAUCAUCACAACUCCUCAGCAGAUCCCCUGAAAUCAAUAUGGGAUGGCGUUUGUAUU